GUCUUUCUUCUGCAACUGUUAUCUCUUCCUCUGAAUGGUGUUUUCUUAUUGUUAUAUUUUUCAAAAAGUCUUGUUUGUAAAUCAUGAGAUUUCUUUGAUUUUAAGAGUAGUUUUGGUGUUAGAAAAUCUCUUUCUUUGUAACCAACCAAGUGGUUUGAUUGAGACUGCCUGACUCGCUGAAUACGCUGUUGGUAUAAUCACUUCUUCCUUCAGGGUCUUCCUUUAUUGGUUUUCUAUCUUCUUUUGUUUUCCGUUAAUCUUCCCCUCACAAGUUGAUGGACAUGAAGGAAAAUCAAAAGUUGGAUUUGACAUCUUCAGACGAGGAUAGUAUGUCGGAAGAGGAGAUGUCAUCAACUCAAAAGAUUUCAGUUUCGGGUCAUACUAAUGGAUUCCAAUACACAACUACUGAUAAAUCCGAUAGCUUUGUUAUCGAUAUGGAAAGUCUCUCUCAUGGAGGAUUCAAUAAAGAAAUCAACCCCAAUCCAAGAAUUACAAAAAUUUUGCAGAGAAACCUUUCACGAAAAGGGUCUCAACGAGAUAACAAGAAGACUACUGCUCCCGGUCCCAGCUCUUCGCCCAAAGGGUCUUGUAUGCCUGAAACCGUGGUGGUCGCCGGGACCACCGAUCCUGCCACCAACCAACAAGUUCAUCAUCAGAUCACCAUUACAACCGGCAGUAUCGCCGCAGCAACUGAAAGCAGAUUUAGUCUGAAGAGAAAUAGUUGCAGGCGGCCUCCUACGCCAUGGCUGCUUGAUCCCAAGAGGGUACUCAUGUUAUUUGCCACAUUGUCGAGCAUAGGCACUAUUUUGCUGAUAUACUUCACCUUGUCGAUGAACAAAACUAAUGGAGACGAGAGUGGUUUAGAUUAGUACCUGGAAAAGAAUGAAUCACCAACACAAUGCUGAUUAAAAUAUGUUGCAGUACACUAUAGGCGUGGGAGUUCAAUGCAGGAUCAAUAGAAAUGGAUGCAAGUGGUUGAUUUAUUAAACAAAUGUCUGCUUUUGAUACCCGGCAGCGAAGAAAAAAAACGAAUUGGGCCAUGGGAUGACAAAAGCUAAUCAACCUGCCAUUAAGAUGGUUUCUUAAGGAAUUUUGGGGAUGAAGACAAGGACUUACUCCACUAAGACAAAGAGAAGGAAUCUUCCCUUUUAAAUUACACGAAUACAUAUGUAUGUACCAUGUAUGGAAGUGAUGGAACAUAACACGAUAUCCUACUUUUUUGUUCUUUUCUUGUUUAUCUUCAAAGUUUCAAAAGUUGACAUGGAGGAUCAGAAAGUUACCCUUUGAUCCUUUACUUUUUCUGACAAUCCAACUUUCCAAGUGCUUGUGGUUUUUUUGUGGCUUUCAUGUGAUCGAGAGCAAUGGGGAGAUGAUGGCCAUGAGCAUGAGAUGCGCAGGCACUAAAGUAUUUGUAUAUUUUGUCACGGACUAAACUUUUGGGUCCAUGGACAUUGGCGCAAAGGUUCACAGAAGGGGUUCUAUUGCGCAAACUUUGGACUUGUUGGGCAUGGCGAGUUGGCCUGGUUAUUGGAGAAUGCUUACGAGUCCGUAAAGGCUCGAGUUCGUGAAGGAUCAAGUCCGAGGCGUCCGAGAGAAGCGACGAGGGUGUUACAUGUUCGAUGAGGACAAUUUUGUCGAGGCUCGUGGAUUCGGUCCGAGACAUGUGUGCGCAGAUUUCUGUAGAAGAAUAAUACAGAGUAUUGGGCUUGCCCAGAACCAUCAGACCUGGCUCGUUCCUUGGAAGAUUCU